CGGGGACGAGCCGCUGCAUGGCUGAGACCAUGGAGUUAGAAGGAAAAGCUUGAGAAAAAAGGUGGUUGAGUGCAUUUGUUCCAUUUCUUUAGGGCUUGGGUUUGAAGUUUACAGUUAGCCACAAUGGAGGCUACAGUCAUAUUGCCCAUCAUGAAGAAAAGGCUGGCUUUUCUCUCAGGAGGGAAGGACAGACGCAGUGGCCUCAUUCUGACGAUUCCUCUCUGUUCAGAGCAGACAAAUAUGGAUGAGUUGAGCGCCACACUGGAUUAUUUACUCGGCAUACCAAGUGAGAAAUGCAAAGCUAGAGGAUUUACGGUAAUAGUUGAUGGAAGAAAGUCACAGUGGAAUAUAGUCAAGACUGUUGUAUUAAUGUUACAGAAUGUAAUUCCAGCUGAGGUGUCUUUGGUUUGUGUCGUCAAACCCGAUGAGUUUUGGGACAAGAAGGUCACCCACUUUUGUUUCUGGAAAGAAAAGGAUAGGCUUGGCUUUGAGGUUAUUUUAGUAUCAGCUAAUAAGCUGACUCGGUACAUUGAGCCAUGCCAGUUGACAGAAGAAUUUGGAGGUAGCCUUGUGUAUGAUCACAUUGACUGGCUGAACAAAAGACUGGUCUUUGAAAAAUUUACGAGAGAGUCCACGUCUUUACUUGAUGAGCUAGCUGUAAUUAAUGGGAACGAGAAAGGCAACCAACAGGACAAAGAAAGAGCUACGGAUUACAACUUUCUACCAUCCUUUGAUCCAGAGACUGUCCUACAGACGGGUCAUGAGCUCCUGUCUGAGUUGCAGCAGCGUCGCUUCAAUGGAUCAGAAGGCGGGGUGUCGUGGUCUCCUAUGGAUGAUGAGCUGUUGGCUCAACCCCAGGUUAUGAAGUUAUUGGAUUCCCUGAGAGAACAGUACACACGAUACCAGGAGGUCUGUAGACAGCGCAGUAAGCGUACGCAGCUGGAAGAAAUUCAACAGAAGGUUAUGCAGGUUGUGAAUUGGCUGGAGGGACCUGGGACAGAGCAGUUGAGAACCCAGUGGGGGAUUGGAGACUCUAUUAGAGCUUCACAGGCCCUACAACAGAAGCAUGAGGAAAUUGAGAGUCAGCAUAGUGAAUGGUUUGCUGUGUACGUAGAGCUGAACCAGCAGAUUGCUGCCAUGUUGAAUGCUGGUGAUGAGGAGGACCUAGUUGAACUCAAAGGUCUUCAGCAGCAGUUGAGUGAUGUCUGCUACCGGCAAGCCAGCCAGCUGGAAUUCCGGCAGAAUAUUUUGCAGUCGGCACAUGAGUUUCACGGCGUUGCCCAAGAUCUAUCCCAACAGUUAGAUGGUUUACUCGGGAUGCUAUGUGCAGAUGUUGCUCCUGUUGAUGGUGCAGCAAUUCAACAAACCUUAAAACAUCUGGAGGAAAAACUGAAGAGUGUGGCUGGAACUCUCCAAGGCUUGAGGGAAAAGGGUCAAGUUCUUCUAGAUCAGAUUUCUAACCAGGCAUCCUGGGCAUAUGGGAAAGAUGUUACUAUUGAAAAUAAAGAGAAUGUCGAACAUAUACAAGGUGUAAUGGAGGAUAUGCAGCUUCGCAAACAAAGGUGUGAAGAUAUGGUAGACGUGAGGAGGUUAAAAAUGCUUCAGAUGGUGCAGCUUUUUAAAUGCGAGGAAGAUGCAGCUCAGGCAGUUGAAUGGUUAAGUGAGCUGCUGGAGGCUCAGCUGAAGACCCACAUCAGACUAGGAGAUGAUGCACAGGAAGUGAAAAGUUUAUUAGAAAAACACAGAAAAUUUGUUGAUGUUGCACAGAGUACGUACGAUUAUGGUAGACAGCUGCUCCAGGCCACUGUGGUUUUAUGUCAGUCACUUCGAUGUACUACAAGGUCUUCAGGGGACACACUGCCUCGGCUCAACAGAGUAUGGAAGCAGUUCACAGUAACUUCUGAAGAAAGGGUGCAUCGAUUGGAGAUGGCGAGUACAUUUCACACUGCAGCUGAAAAGAUUCUAAAGGAAUGUCCAGAACAGCCUAAAGGCUGUAUAGAUUUAGAAGCAUAUGAAGAAGUCGAAACAGUGGGUAAAUCUCUGCUGGACAGACUAACCGUGCCUGUAGUUUACCCCGAUGGAACUGAGCAGUUUUUUGGGAGCCCUAGUGACAUGGCUUCAUCUGCAGAACACGUCAGGGAAAAAAUGAAGCUUGUUGGCAUGAAGAAGCUACAGCAAGAGGAGGAGGAGGAACAGCAGCAAGAGGAGGAGGAGGAGGAGGAAGAUGAGGAGGAGGAGGAGGAGGAGGAGGAGGAGGAGGAGGAGGAGGAGGAGGAGGAGGAGGAGGAGGAAGAUGAGGAGGAGGAGGAGGAGGAAGGAGGAAAGUCAGAUAAGGCUGCUUCAGCAAAUAGCUAAUUGACUCUCCUGUGUCACCUGAUACAGAGCCUGCAAUCUACAAGUCAGCAUGGAAUCUGCCUGUUAUAACUCUGCAUAUACUGCAUCAGAAUGCAUUCCGCAGCCAUGGUCAAAUUACUUCCAUUCUAAUACACUACACUAUGCCUCGCCAAGGCAUAUUAACUUAUCAUGUGCUGCAUAAGGCUCCUCCUCCAGUUAUAUUAUUGAAGAAAAGUACUACAAACAUUGCACUGAACUUCCCUCAAAGCUUUACCUGGCCAGUCAUCUGUUAAUGCUAACAGUUGACUCAAGAUUUUAAUGGUGCUACUAAAAGUAUAGAAUGUCCAAGUGCUACUUCUGUCCUUGUUUACUUGGUGAUGUAGACGUUUUAGGCUUUAGGCAAACUUCCUGUUUGUAGACAGUAAGAAAUGUAUUUUAUAAUUUUUGUCUUAAUUUGUUAUACAUUAAAAUGUUGCUGCAUCUUUUUUAUUGUGCCAAUACUCAACCUGCCCUGAAGGCCUUUGAUACCGUUGUAAACUGCCUAACCUGCUGUUUUUAAGUAUGUAUUGACUGUAUGUUUAAGCAGAUAUUGGCAAGUUAAACCAGCUUUUUAAAAAUGUCCCAAGAUUGCUGUGAUACCCAUGCACUUCAAGAAACAAGUGGCGGACAAAGCUUUGUUUAAAUAAUUAUUAUAAUAAAAAAUGGAUAGCUUUGUUUCAAUAAAUAAACUAUUACAUGGGAACUAUUA